CCAAGAAUGGCGGGUAUUUGUAUUAAGUCUCCAGUAGAUCUAUGAAAUAUUUAUAACGUAAAGAAAGCUGAAUGUUUUAGUCAAGAUGAUGAACGAAGAUAGUUUAGAUAUUUAUUGUGAUCUAUUAACUGAUGAACAGACAGAUAAAGCUGAGUCAAAUGCAGAGCUGACGAAACUCCUGUGUGAUGCAAAGUCAUCUGUCAAAGGACUUCAAAAUGAAUUAGAUGCUAAAAAGAAAUCUGAAGAAGCACUUAGUCAACAAAAUGAAGAUUUAAAAAGAAAAAUUUCUGCACUACUUCUAACAGCUAGAUCAGAAUUAGGAAGAAAAAAUGCCAUUAUAGAAGAUCUCAGAGAACAAGUGGACGAUUACACCAAACAGUCUUUUUAUAAUGGUAGAUUCAAAAAUAGGGGAAACAAUCAAUUUAGACAUCAAAGUCCACACAUUGCUCAGCUGCCUGACUACAGUAGUCCUAAACAGGACACUCGGUCUUGCUUUAAUAGUUCCCAGGGAGACAGGUGUCAAACCAGAUAUGACAGUCCUUUGAGUGACAGACAACAAAUAAUAAGCAAUAGCCCACACCAAGACAUCCAGCAAAAGUAUAACCAAGAUAGUCCAGAAAAAUGUACAGAUAGAAAACGCAAGAUUUCAGAUGAAUUAGAAAAGGCUGAUACCAAACGAAGCAGAUUGGGGGACAGUACUAUUGGACUGAAACCAACAGACAUGCAGCAAAAACUUCAUCUUUCCAAGACUAAAAAUAUUUCUCAGGAUGAUAUAGAGAAAUCUAAACAAUCUAGGGAUCCUCGCAAGAAAAACAUUUUAGAUAGGUUAGGUAAUCGAAAACCUGUGUGUGAAAAUAGUGAAAGUGACAGCAAUACUAAUGAACACAUUGUAAAAGAGUGUAAGGACCCUCGCAAGAUAAAUAUUUUAAAUAGAUUAAGUGACGAGAAAGUAAUUAAAUGUAAACAAAGCCCACCCAACCAAACAUCUGAUUCAGAGACAAAUAAUAAUACUAAACAGUUGAAUAGUUCUGGUAAAGUGAUUGAUCUCAGGGAAAAGUUAAGAAGUCGUAAGAAAUCUAACUUGAACACAAAUCAAAAUCCGUUGAACACAGUAAAAGAUCCAAGAUUAAAAAUUCCUGGAGAUAAAGAGACAAAAAGUACUUCUGUUGAAUUAUUUCCUCUCAAUUUCAAAGACACUGCCAAGCUGGCGAGUGUUAAAACAACUUUUUCUGAUAUUAAAGAUGCAGGCAAUACAAACUCAAGUCUUGAACUGUCUGUUUCAUCUGCUGACAUUUCUACUGAACUAAAUUUUAAAAAUAUUAGCAAGAUUUCGCCCCCUAACCUGCUUUCUUUAAAGAAAAACAAUUUGCUAAUAGAUCCAAUGAAAAAACCAUUGGGUGUCAGCUUUGGUAUUUCCACAGGAUCUAAAAUAAGCAAGGGAGAUAACCUGGUAUGUAGUGAAAAUAAAUUGCUAGGUGAAGAAGAUCGAACAAACAGAGAAUAUAUUGAGACCAGUGAAGAUUCUGAUGCUAGUGGAAGGAAACUUGUUAUUGAUGUUUCAAAGACUACAAAACAUUCAUCUCGAAUUGAUAACUCAAGUUUAUCUGAUGAUAUUACUUCUCAGGAUGAUGAGUCCAUGGUGAAGGAUUCGAUUUCUCAAUCAAAAGUUGUUUCUGAUAUAGCCACAAGGAAUAACAGUAAUGAUUUACAAAAAAUUGGGUCUAGAAUAUCAAAGUCUUCAAAAAAUGAGUCUAGUGCCUUACUUUCAGAUGGUAAACCGAAAACAAAUGUUGGUUGUACAGAUUCAGUUAAAGUUGUUAAAAGUUGGAGCAAUAACUCUAUUAAUGAAAACAGUUGUGUGAUUGAAACUGUCAAUUCUACUGUUGUAAUUGAGAAUCAAUCAAAAGAUUUCUCUUUGAAUACUAGUACUAAAUCCAGUGAAAGCGUGCUUGUUAGGAAAAUAAGAAAGGACACUUCGCAGCUCAAACCAAAGACUUCCAAAUCCUCCCGUGCAUCACCGUGUCUUUCAACACCCAUGACUAGCUCAUUUAGUGAACCUCUACAAGAUUUGGGAUCCAAUAUUUCCAACAAUGAAAAAUAUAAAAUUCCUAAAAUUGAAAAUGUGACUUCAUCAUCCAAUGUGUCCAUGUCUUCAUUAUCUCAACAUGGUACAGAGAAAGAAAAUGGCAAAUUGAAUGCAGCAAAAAAUGUUACUGAAUCUUCAAAGAAAACUGUUCCAAACCAUAAUAUUACUAGUGUUAGUAAAUCUUCUUGUACUUCUUUAAAAGAGGGCAAAUCUGUUAUUGAUAAGAAAGACAAUAAAAAAUCAUUAUCUUCUAAAAACUUUAAAACCAGUGUAUCAAAAACUUCUGUUACCUGCAAUGACAGUGACAAUACAAAAACUACCAAAAAAUCUAAAAUGGCAGUGCUCUGUCCUAGUUCGGACUCUAACAGUAGUAAGAAAUUACUUGAUAAAAAUUUGAGAGCCAAAACUGUUGGAGACAAAGUAAAAUCCCCAACCCCAAAACCAAUCCUAAGUAUUGAAAAAGUUGAUGCUAAAAAGUCCAGCAGUUGUGCUACAGAUGUGUCAAAAUCGGGUAAACAAGAAGAUGAUGGUAAACUGGACGAAAAGAAAGAAAGCAAAAUGCACAGCACCACAACAAAAUCGAAAUCUGUGUAUCACGCAAGUAUAAGUAACAAAAAUUCUCGAAAUACUAAGUUAGGCAAUCACAGAAGUCUUUCUAGAAAUAUAGAAAAAGUUCAAACAAGAAAAUCCUUGGUUAAAGCUGCGAGUAAGUCCAGCGAUGAGACAUCUUCAGAAACUGAUCUUGAAUUGGGAAAGUGUACAAAUACAAAGACAGUAGAUUCAUCACAAACUAAGAUCAACUGUGCUACUGAAAAGAAUGAUGAUGACAAAGGAGAACAGAAUAGUCAUGGCUUGGACCCUGAGAAUGGGGAUAUCUCAGCUGAGAGGAAGAGGAAAGUCGAAGAAGCUCCAGUAAACAUUGCUGUUCCUAUUGAAAUAGAAUUACCUGGCACACAGAAAGAGCAACCUAAUCUUUAUAAAACAAAAGUACCAAAUGAUAUUUCUUCAGUUGAUGGCAGUCAUCUGCAGACUAAUGUUGCCAACAUCACUUCAAAUGACCACAGCAGUGCCGAUAUCCAAAUGGAUGUUGACUAUGGAUCAGAUAUCUGCACUGAAAGUAAAAACACUGAGGAUGUCAUUAAAAUCACCCCAGACCAUACAUCUGCUGGAAAUUCUGCAACCAAGCCUGUCCCAGAAACACCUUUAUCUGGAGGAUGGCUUGCAAAUUUGUUUUCGUCAGGUACCGAAAAUGAGUUCAUGAAACGAUUGCAAAAGAUGGAAGAAGAUAUUCAGUUGUUAAAAAUGGCAGCAUCGUGUGGAAACUCUUUGUCUGUCACGCCCGACCUUAACUUAAGCAAAAAUACGUCAAUCUCAACUAGUUGUAAAAAUUGUGCCGAAUUUGAUGUAUGCAUCACUGCUACGAAUAAGUGUGAUUCGGAAAGACAGCAGAAGAAUAUCAAAAUUACACCCACAAACUCCAUGAAUAAAGAUAAUACCAACCAACAAAUGCAUGAAAAAAUGAACAGAUCUACAGACUACAAGGAAAUUCUAGAUGAUUACAGACCGGAAAGAGAGAGUCUUGAGACGCCAGACAAAAUUUCUUCCCCAUCUGUUUAUCAUAUUAAAGAAAACCUUGACAAAACUCCGGAAAAGCAAAGUGGGUGUAAAAAGAUUGUUCUUGUAAGGAGACGACUUCACGAUAAGCUGAGAUCACCUGAACAAAAUAAACCAGUUGAAAAUUCCAUUUCCAAUAGCCCUGUGAGAGAUAUUGUAUUGAGUUCAGAGAGAGCCAGUGUCACCAGAUCAAAUCUAAGUACUUCACCGACCAACUUUUCGUCAGAUUAUGAUACCAACGAUACACUAAAGAUUUGUGAUUCAACAGAAAAAACUCAGGAAAUGUUACCAAUAUUGCAAACAAAUUGCAUGGACAUAGAUAUGGUUUCUAAUACAGACCAAAUAAAGUCAUCAUUACCAAAUAUGAAAGAAACGUCACCCAUAAUGAAUAAUCCCAAGUUGAAUAGUAUUAAAAUUAGUGAUACAGCUGUGUCAGAAAUCCCUGUAGUUUCUGGUAUAGUCUCUGUUAUAUCUCAAAAUGAAUCUGAAAUUUCAGUGAACGUCUCUAAAGAAAUUGGACAAAUUAAGUCAGAAUCUUCUUUAGCGACUUCUAAUAAGACUGUUAGAUCAGACCAAACUAUAUCUGUUCAUUCGACUGAGAGCUCUAACUCAUCUGUUAAUGAUAUUUCAGACGUGUCCAUUUAUUCUGCUAAUAGCUCAGUGUCCUCUGAAAAUAAAGAGGUUCAGAAAUCAUUCACUGUUAAUGAAACCAUUAUUGACUGUGAACCAAAUCAUUCAGAUUCUAAUAAUGACACUGAUACAUCUGAUGAAUCUUACGGCAACAAGAAUGAAAAGGAUGAAAAUCAGUCCCCAGUUUCAAAUGUGGUUAAGAUGUUACAGUCUGAUCUGGACAUGUCUUCAGAUUCGAAUGGUAGCAAUACUUCCGGCAUUGUUCCUGUAGAAACAUGUUUAUCAAAUAUCAGUACACCCAAAACUCCAAUAAAAGAUCACCCAACUUCCCCUUUGAGUAGAAUUAGUCCUGUGCCAAAAUUGGUACCGCCUGACAAUGUUAACUGUGAUAGUAAACUUCUUGCUCUGAUUAAUUUGUCAACUCAUAAUUUACUUCUAUCUGGACAUUCAAUUAGUUUUGAAAGUACUAAUGCCAAUUCAAUCACGCAGGAAUCUAUCGAAAAAGUUGAGAAUAACUCACCAUCUACAGUUACCUCCGAGAAAUCUUUGGGGCCGGCAUUUGUAAGGUCAUCAACUCCUCGUGGUAAGCCCAAAACCUCUUUCUUAGAACACCAACCGGAGGAAUUCAGCGAAGGAGAGAUAUUAGACAGUGAUGAAAACCAUGAAGGAUGUGGAGCAUCAGUAAUGGAUGCGCUGGAAACAUCUAUGUCCAACGCAAAAAAUUGUGUUGAAUCUGAACAAGUAGUUAAUGAUUUGAGAUCUUCAAUAACACAUGAUGUAUCUAAACAAGUGUCCGCCACCCCUUUGACAAGACACACAUCGCCGCAGGCUCAAGUCAAGAUUAUCAAAACUGUUGGUUCCGAUAUUUUCAAGAAGCCAAGUAUAGAGGAUUUUCAAAUCUUCCAAGGUAACCAGGACAACAAAAGUAAAGAAGAUACCUCUAACGGAUUAAAUUCAACAGAAGACGCUUCUUGUAGUAGUAAAGAGGACGGAGAAAUAACACAGGAUAGCAUUAUAACUUGUGAUGAUAAUUCAGAGCAUUUAUUAGACAGUAAUUCUGUCAAUUUUGUAUUUGAUGCAAAGAUAGAUGAAGAUGAUGACUUGCUGGGGUAUUUGGAUGAUGAUUCUUCAAAAACUUCCGUUUCUAAACCGAAACCAGUGACACCAAAGAAGUCUUUUGUAAUUCCUAAGAGAACGAGGUCUUCUCCUCGAAUACGAGAUAAAUCUAUUCGUGACAGAUUAGGGGAUAAUGAGAACAAACGACCGGCUUUUGGACCAAGAGCUGAAAGCAGCAGAAGGAAUGAGAAAAGAAGAUCUUUAUCUCCUAGAUCAUCAAGGGCAGGUGAUAGCCGCCGACGCCUAUAUAAUUCGCGCUACGAUGAACCAAGGUCAUCAGCACAUGGCUCUUCAUCUAGUAGAAGGGAAACUAGCCACGGUCGAUCUAGUGGACGGUCGCGAGAAACUGACCGGGAACGGUCUCGGCAUAGGCGAGAUCGAUCAUAACUAUUUUGUGUUUUAUUUUAUGAAAUGUUGUAAAACUAACAACAAUUAACACGACCAAUUAUUAUUUUUGUUCAAAGAAUGACGUUAUGGCGGUUACUUAAAUACCUGAAUGUUAUUUAUUCGUAUUUAUUACGUGGGAUUCCUUUAAUUUUAUAAAGUAAAUUUUGUUGUCUUUAUAAAUCAAUAUUUAUUGGAAGCAGAUGAAAAUCCCCCAAAUAAUGAAGUCAUCUGAUUGGAAUUGCAUGCCCCAACAUUUUAUAAUGUGGACGUAUAUUGCCGUCAUCUGCAUCCGACAGGCCAUCAAAUUUUUCUUGUGAACGUUCUAAACAUUACAUUUUCAAAUUUAUAAACGUUUUUGAUCGUAAAUCUCAGUGUCCUCGCCUCAGUUACGUUCAAAGUUAUAAAAGUUUCUGAACGUGACAUUCUAGAGAGAAUGUUUUAAAACCGAUGAUAUUGUUCCAAUUGGACCUAACCACGAAUUCUAUCGAAAAUUUUACAUCUUAAAUCGUAGAAUUAUGAUAUGUUGUAAAAGUGAUGCAUAACGGUGUUCAAACAGUUUUGAAACUCGUUGAGGUUGCUCAUAGGGACAUAAGAAAGGAGAAUAUCGAAUUGCAAAAAUGUCAGAUCUUUAUGUUUGAAUUCGUUUUGCAGACUAUUUUUGCGUUUACAUUUACACGUUCUCAUUUUCCUUUAUUAAAACUUGGGGGAGUUGUUCAUAGGGACAUACGGGAGAAACCUUUAAAAAUGCAAUGCACCACAUUUAAAAAUUGGAUGAUAUUGCUCAUUGUGGCGUUUUGUGGAGAUGACUGUUAUGGCUUAUGAGCUGGACAUAGAAGGAAGUUGAGAGAAAAAAACACAUCAAAAUUUGGAAUGUGUUUUGCGGCUAAAUUAUUUGUCCGUUCACAUUUUAUACUGUUAAAUAUUUUAAACAUAUAAUUAUUUAAAAGUUGAUGAGGGUGUUCAUUUCGUGGAGCUACUUUUUCCUUGGACAUUUGUACUUUAACGCUUAGGAUAGAGUUCAUAAUAGUCUUUUUCAAACGUGCUCUGUUAGAUUUGUUGACAAUGAUUUAAGAAUUAACAUGGAUGACUUUGCUGCUGGUGGGCGUAUAUUUUUACAAAUAAAAAGGACAUGAAUUACGAACAGAAGUACAGCAAUCUGUGAAUGGUGUCCUUCUCACACUGUUGUUGUAUUUUGGGUUUUAAAGACCAAACUAUUAUAUAACUAGGAAAUACGUUCUAUGGGUUUAAUUUCAUUUUCGUUCGUGUUUCAGAGUUUGGAAUAUGUUUUUAUAUUAUGAAUGUUUGAAUGGAGCAAUAUUCAUUAAUUGUUUUGUAUGAGAUUACAGUAUUUUUGUAUUCUAAAAUAAUCAUGAUACUGAGAAGAUAGAGUUUAUUCACAUGUUUCA